AUGACACACCCCCUCCCCCAACGAAUAGACGUCCACUCGCACUUCCUCCCCCCAUUCUACCGCGACGCUCUCGCCGAAAACGGGCACUCCCAUCCCGACGGCAUGCCCGCGAUCCCUUCCUGGUCUCCACCCCAACACCUUGAAAUGAUGAAAACAGCCAACGUCUCCAAAUCCAUCCUCUCCAUCUCCAGUCCGGGAACAAACAUCGCCCUGCGCAAUCCGCAAUUAGCAAUCGAUCUAACACGGCAAUGCAACGCCUACGCCUCAUCUCUCAAGCAGCAACAUCCCGAGAAAUUUGGUGUAUGGGCUGCACUGCCGUUGCCGGAUGUUGAAGCGAGUUUGACGGAGAUGGGGAAGUGCAUCGAGGAAGGCGUUGAGGGCUUUGGCCUGCUCACGAAUUACCAUGGGGUUUAUUUGGGAGAUGGAGCGAUGGACGCGGUGUUUGACAAGUUGAACGAGAUUGGUGCGACGGUUUUCAUUCAUCCGACUAAACCUUGCGUUAGGAGUGCUGGUGAACCGGUUCAGACGACAGACGCCCUUCCAUUUGGCGAGCAAUACCCCGUGCCUAUAUUUGAGUUCUUUUUCGAUACUGCCAGGGCGGUUAUCAAUCUCUUUAGUACGGGGACGGUGGACCGGUGUCCGAACAUCAAGUUCAUCAUCCCGCAUUCUGGCGGUGCGUUACCGCCGCUUAUGACGCGGUUUAUUCAGUUCUCCAGCGUGGUUCCGGGCGGGAGGGUGUUGAAUGCUUCGACGGUGCGGAAGCAGCUCGAUAAGCAGUUCUACUUUGAUCUCGCGGGGUUUGUGUUUGAUGGAGAGAGUGGGGGGCAGGGGCAGUUGAAGGCGUUUGUUGAGGGGUUCGAGAUCUCGUAUGAGAGGUUGUUGUAUGGGAGUGAUUUUCCUUUUACGCAGACGCAGUUUGUAAAGGCGUUUGCAGAGAGGAUGAAGGAUGGGUUGGAGAAUUUGUUUGGAGAGAAGGAGAGAGAUGCGAUCUAUCAGGGUAAUGCGGUUAAGCUGCUGCAAAAAGGGAAGAGCAAGAUGUGA